AUGUACUUAGNAUUCGUUGAUUAUUUACGUCAUUUAGUUACUCAAUAUAAGCAUGAGAAUAUAUUUCUUCAAAUAUUCGAAUUGAUAUGUGAUAUUCGUGGUCGUUCAUCGAAUAAUUUAGAUCGAUUAAAAAAACAAAUUCAAUUAAUAGACGAUAAACAAAUAUAUGAUGAUAUAUUUGAUAAAAUUGAAAAAUCAUCUCGAUUAGUUAAAUCAUUAAUAGAAUUAAAUAAAAUUAAAAUGUCUCAUAUUGAUCCACAUUCAAUAAUUAUUGAUGCAUUUAAUCAAUUUCAUCGAAAUUUCAAUACUCUACGUGAUCAAUGGAUUAAUAAUAAAAACAACAAUAAACAAAGUGCAUUUACUCUUUCGACAAAUCAUUCAAGUAGUCUAGCUCCGUCAACAAGUAGUUCCGUUGAUCGAACAUCAUCAACAACUCAUUCAGCUGGUCGAACGCAAUCAAAACAUCAUUCAGUUGAUCGAACACCAUCAAGAAGUUAUUCAACUGGUCGAGUAGCACCAAUAAGCCAUUCAAAUGAUCGAGCGCCAUCAAUUAAUCGUUCAUUUGAUCAAACAUCAUCAACAAGUCGUCCAGUUGAUCUAACAUCACCAACUAAUCGUUCAGUUGAUCGAACAUCAUCAAUAAAUCGUUCGAGUGAUCGAACAUCAUCAACAAGACGUUCAAUUGAUCGAAUAUCAUCAACUAAUCGUUCAGUUGAUCGAACAUCAUUAACAAAUUUUUCGUCUUCAUCAUCUCGAUCUCAUUUCGAAAGUCAUUCUCAAAAACAACCACGAGCAUUAUCACCAUCUCCUCAUCGAUCAUCAUCAUUGUAUCGAAGAUCAACAGAAGAAGACAAAGAUAACAAUUUUUCGUUAUUUAGAAAUAUAUUAAAAUCACUUGAUUAUUUAUUUAAUGUCUUAAAUCAUUUACGUUUCACCUCAUUCUAUCAAUUUAUUAAAUUAAUUGUUGGUGAAAUAGAUUGUUGUCGAUCAACUGUCAAAUUAUCCGAUUACAAAUCUUUACAGGAUGCUGAACAAAUGAUAAUGUCAAUAGAACGUCGUCUUACAAAUAGAAUGAAUGAUGAAUAUCAUCGUGCAUCACCACAUAAAAUAGAUCAACAACUUGAACAUUCAUAUGAGGAAACAUUAGAUUCAAUUCGACAACUAUUAAUUUCUUUUCGUCUUUAUCAAUCACAAAUACAGCAAAAUAAACGACCAAGAACAACACGUUGGUCAUCACCUAAUCUUCCAUCAUCAGUUGAACAUAUGGAUAUUGAAAGUAAACCAAUAAUUAAUUUAAAUCAACAAGAUAUUAAAAUCGAUGACGAUCAAAGUUCUGAAACAUCACAUUCAUCACUAGGUGAUGAAGUUUUAAUGGAAGUAGCAAAGAAUGCAUAUGAACAUAGGCCAAAUCGUUAUAAAUAA